CCGACGUCCUCGCUCCCGGGGCGUCGCCCGCGUGCGUCCGAGUCGCCCAGCCGCCUCCGGCACCGGAAGUGACCCUGGCGGGUUUGCCUUCAAAUUCUCUGCGAGCAGAAACGGCGUUAGGGGGCGGUGGGGACGGUUGAGCUGUCCCGAGUGGCUGCCGGGAGCUGAGAGCCGGGUGUCGGGGCUGCUCCGGAUCCGCCCGCUUGCCCUGCCUGGAACCCGGCGUGUACCUUCGCUCCGUCGGACCGUGGGCGGCUUCCCGAGGCGCCUGGGCCGCUGCAGGUGCGAGUGCUGUGGAAGGACUCCCGGCUCCGCGGGGGCGCAGGCGGGGGUCGCUGGAGGAGUCACCGGCUGACUUGCGUGUUUCAUCCCCCGACUGUGUCCACUCCCCGCGCUCACCGCCGAUAGCCCCCUUCAGUUAAGUGGGUGUGAAGGUGUUGCGGAUGAUAGUUUGGGGUUUAACCUAGAGCCCGGGGAAGAUUUACUGGCCCUUUGUUGUUCAAGUGCCUACAGUUGAGCAUGAGUCUUCUUAUGAUUAGUGAGAAUGUAAAACUGGCUCGUGAAUAUGCGUUGCUGGGAAACUAUGACUCUGCCAUGGUCUAUUAUCAGGGAGUUCUUGACCAAAUGAACAAGUAUCUGUACUCAGUUAAAGAUGCUUACCUACAGCAGAAAUGGCAGCAGGUGUGGCAGGAAAUUAAUGUGGAGGCAAAGCAUGUGAAGGAUAUCAUGAAAACCCUAGAGAGUUUUAAACUGGACAGCACACCCUUGAAAGCAGCGCAGCAUGAGCUUCCAGCGUCCGAGGGAGAAGUCUGGUCCUUACCAGUACCUGUCGAACGAAGACCGUCGCCAGGACCCAGGAAACGCCAGUCUCCUCAGUACAGCGAGCCCAAACCACAUGGUAACCGGCCAAGUACAGCUGUCAGAAUCCACCGUCCAUCUGCACAGAAUCUGCACAGUGACAAAGGGAAAGCUGUGCGUAGUCGUGAAAAGAAAGAACAGAACAAAGCAAGAGAGGAAAAGAACAAAUCACCUGCAGCAGUUACAGAGCCAGAGACAAGUAGAUUUGAUAGUACCGGAUACGACAAGGACUUAGUGGAAGCUCUGGAACGAGACAUCAUUUCUCAGAAUCCCAAUGUCCGAUGGGAUGAUAUUGCUGACUUAGUAGAAGCUAAGAAGUUGCUGAAGGAAGCUGUGGUGUUACCAAUGUGGAUGCCAGAGUUUUUUAAAGGCAUUAGGAGACCAUGGAAGGGAGUACUGAUGGUUGGGCCGCCUGGCACAGGGAAGACCCUCCUUGCUAAAGCAGUAGCUACAGAAUGCAAGACAACGUUCUUCAAUGUCUCUUCAUCAACUCUGACGUCCAAAUACCGAGGCGAGUCAGAGAAGCUUGUCCGUCUGCUGUUUGAAAUGGCUCGGUUUUAUUCUCCAGCCACCAUAUUUAUUGACGAGAUAGAUUCCAUUUGUAGUCGCAGGGGGACUUCUGAAGAGCACGAAGCCAGCAGAAGGGUGAAGGCAGAGCUUCUGGUGCAGAUGGAUGGUGUUGGAGGUGCUUCUGAAAAUGAUGAUCCUUCCAAAAUGGUAAUGGUUUUGGCAGCCACUAACUUUCCCUGGGAUAUAGAUGAGGCUUUACGGCGACGUCUUGAGAAGCGCAUCUAUAUUCCAUUACCAUCAGCCAAGGGCCGGGAGGAGCUGUUGCGGAUCAGUCUGCGUGAGUUGGAGCUGGCCGAAGAUGUGGACCUCGCAAGCAUCGCGGAAAACAUGGAGGGCUACUCAGGGGCGGACAUCACCAACGUGUGCAGGGAUGCAUCCUUGAUGGCAAUGAGAAGGCGGAUUGAAGGUCUGACCCCCGAAGAAAUCCGAAAUCUUUCCAGAGAAGAAAUGCACAUGCCUACAACGAUGGAAGAUUUUGAGAUGGCUUUAAAGAAGGUUUCCAAGUCGGUAUCUGCUGCAGACAUUGAGAGAUACGAAAAGUGGAUAUUUGAAUUUGGAUCAUGUUAAAUUCUCACAUGUAAAUUGUAAGAAAUUUGCCUUAAGUCUUUGAAAAAUAAGUAAAUGUAUUUCACUAAGUGCUGUAUUUUUUUAAUGUUCUUAAUGGUAAGAUGUAAAAAAACAACAUGAUUCUAAAUAAAGGCAAUUUUUUAAGCUGAAA